AUGGAUUCAGCGGAAGAGACAGAGAGAGCCCCGCUUCUUGCGCCACCAGACAGGGCGGAGGCGGGCACGAGCAUCUCCACAACGCCGAUGCCAGAUUCCCCUCCGAGCCCUUCCGACACCACACUACCCAGCCCGGGUGAAGCCAACGCCGCCGUUGGGGGCCAGCACGAAGAAGACACCAUUGCCCGCUUUCUGCCCAUUGCCUUUACGGCCUCGUUUGCCAUCGCCGCGACCUCGGCGACAACCAUCUACGCGUACGCCAGUAUCACGUGCGCGGACCCGGCGCGCUGCCAGGACGAGGAGCAGGACCGAUACGCAGGUGUGGUCGCACUGGCCACGACCGUGGCCAACUUCUUUGGUGUGCUGGCCGUCGGCUUCUUGCGGCCCUGGACCGAGUCUCACCCCAAGCUCGGUCUCUACUUUUGGAUCCUAUGCCGGGCCACGGGUAUCGCCAUUCUGGCAGUCGGCGUCCUGGUUCGCAAUAUAAACGUUGCAAUUGCGGGCCGGGUCUUUGAUGGACUUGCGACGGACAAUAUCUUGCACUACGCACUUGCCGCAGUGUACCUCCGUACCAAGAUGCCAGGUCGGUUCUCGCAGCUCAUGGGAACCUCGCUAGGCCUGUACAUGGUCGGCAUGUCCCUGAGCCCUACCAUCGUAACUCUGCUUCCUAGCUUUAUCGUGAGCUUCGUUGUCGCCAUUGCCCUGCUCGGACUCUCGUUAUUGUACCUCUGCUUCUUGGUUCCCCCAUUAGCCCGAGGCCCUGAACGUGGCUGCCCCGCGCGGCCCGUCCAGCAAGAGACGCAUCCGAACAGCACUCGGACCUCGUUUUUGGAGCCCGUAUUCUAUUUUCACCGAGAGCCCAUCGUCGCCCUUCCAGGUUUAGCGGUACUCCUUUACAAUAGUGCGCAGGCCUACCUCUUCCCGGUAAUAAUGGUGCACGCUGCGCUCAGGUACGGAUUCACCAGCACCGAGAACGGGUAUCUCAUAUCCCUGGCGGCAGCCACGUCAUCCGUAUAUCUUCUUGUCACGUUGUAUAUUGUGCCGCGCGUGCGCAGCCGCUUCCGAAUCGAUAGGAGGGGAGCAGCCGGCGAAGCUGCUGCUCCCAGUAGCCGCAAGACCUACAGCGAAAACAGUCGAUUGGGAAGAGGGCGAUACUAUUUCAACGCCGACCUUAGCUAUGCUCUCCUGUCCAUGUCUAUCCAGCUCGCAGUUCUGCCUCUUUUCCCGAUGGUACAUAGCGCAGGGUCAAUCUACGGCCUGGUGGUUCUGGUUGCCCUAGGGCUGGCUGCCCCAAGCUUCAUCAAAAGCUACGCAGUUCUAGGUGCCACGGAUAAGGGCUCGGCGGUAGCAGGAAUGGCAGUCACUGAAAGUGCUGGCGGGUUGUUAUCGCCCAUUAUACUGGGUGCCAUCCAGAGUAUGGAUGGCCAGGGAUCAGUUUUCUUUGUUGCAUCAUCGUUAGUUGGUGCAGCGAUGCUGUGUCUGCUAGCAACUCUUUGUCUAGGUUCAAUGUGA